GCCGCCGCGGUGGAGGAGCUGGUCUCGGGGGUGCGGCAGGCGGCCGACUUCGCGGAGCAGUUCCGCUCCUACUCGGAGAGCGAGAAGCAAUGGAAGGCCCGGAUGGAGUUCAUCCUGCGCCACCUGCCUGACUACCGCGACCCGCCCGACGGCGGCGGCCGCCUGGACCAGCUGCUGUCCCUCUCCAUGGUCUGGGCCAACCACCUCUUCCUGGGCUGCAG